AUGCCACUCAAGAAUGCCCAAGAUAGCUCUGCGAUGCCCGAGGCACAAGGGUUGAGGUAUAACGAAUCCAAAAUGGCCCUCUUCCAUGCACGGCUGGCCUACGAUUCCACGGUCGACGAACGAAAGGCGUCCCAAGAUCCCAAUCUCGUGUCAAUCUCCGAGGCUCAAGCCAAGAUCCUUAAGCGCUGGGACUUGCUACAGCAGGCUGAGGAGGAGCUAGCCGCACAGGGGAAGAGUUUAUCCCCGACCGAUAAACGACAAUUGAUGCAAUAUGCAUGGAGAUUCAAGCACCUGGAACAGACAGCGACCAAGACAACUGGAGGAUAG